AUGGCGCUGGAGGCGCUGAAGCCCCGCGCUGUGCGCUUUGCGCUGCUGGCCGCUUUCGCCGCCGGCGUGCUAGUGGGCUGGCAGGCCGCUCGCGCCCGCCGCCGCUUCCUCCGCUGGCGACAGAGCCGCCUGCAGCGCCGCCUGGACGCCGCCCGGGAGCAGCUGGAGGCGGCCUGAGCCCGGCACCGCCGUCCUCCGCUCCGAUCCCGUUCCCUCCCCGCGUGAGCCGCCCUGCUCUCGUCGUCGCCGUGCAUCGGAGCGCUGCGUCUCCGCCGCUCGGCGAUGCCCCGGACCGCCGCCGAUCCACCAGCCGGAACCGAUUGCACCGCCGCCUCGUCGGUGAGGACACGGCACGGGGACACGCGUAACGAGCGACGGAUCUCGGCGUGACAGAACACGAGUGGGACGGACCGCGCGGGGGUGACCGAGCGGCGCGCUGCGGCAGAACGGGAACAUUAAAUCGGUGUUUGUA